UGUAAGGUGAACUCCUCCAAGAUCCAUGCAGUGUCAUGACCAAACGACCAUAGCCAGCAAUCAUGGCCGAAUGUCGUCGCUCUGUCUUGUCGUGCGCGCGAUGUCGCCGCCGGAAGAUCAAGUGUGAUCGCGCCAUUCCAUGCGGCCAAUGCAUAGCCGCGAAAUCAGAAUGUACUGGCUUCAGUUCGAAAGAUCAAGAUCCAAACAUCCCACGAAGUAUCGUCCAACAUCUCGAGUCGGAAAUCGCCAAGGUAGAAAGUGAACUUGCUCGAAAUGGUCACCUCGAGGAACUCAAUGCCUCGGACAUUCUCGCUGGGAUGCCGACCAACGAUGGUAUCCCUCUGGAGGAGAACGGCCUGUCGAUUCUCGAUCUCCCGAAACUUGACGAGACGCCGAAAAUGUUGGUCGACAUCCCGCCGGCUUCAGCCACUACCAAAGACACCUCUCGCGACGAAAUAAUGAGCUGCGGUGAGAUCCAAGCCAUGAUAUUCGCCAUCCUCCCGACCGGACCUGGGAUAACGGACCUGAUAGCAAGAGUGCGCAUGAGUCUCACCCCAUCGACCGCCAUCGCGUCAGGCAGCCCGAGGGAGGCCCGCAGAAAGUCCUUUUCUCGUGCGAACAACGAAGUCAGCUGUGCCAUGCUCAAAAGCAUACCGACACCCAUCGUCCGAAGCCUGAUCAAGAAGUACAUGACCAGAGUCUACCCCAUCUUCCCCGUCCUCCACGCUCCUUCGCUCUGGCAACAACUGGACCGCGUCGUCAAAACCCUGCAAGAAAUGCCUGAGCGACACCGCACCGUCGCGCCAUCCUUUGAUUUCCUGAUCGUGUACCUUAUGCUCUCCACCUCGGCCACUUUGGGCAGCGCCCGCACCGGCCACGAGGCCAAGCACAUGGUGUUUUCGAGUUCGUUGUUCGAAGAAGGCAUCCAGCACUUGACCGAGAAAGCCAAGAUUCCCUCGGACCUGGCCGGCAUUCAGGUCACACUGAUGGUGCUACAGUACGCCUCGAUCAACCCUCGGCUGGCGAACGUGUGGAUGCUCACAGGUGCCGCGAUGCGCGCGUGUCUCGAGCUCGGCCUACACCGAGAGGCCCCCGAGGCGUUGCAGUUCGACCAGCUCACGCUCGACCUCCGCCGCCGGAUUUUCUGGUGCGCGUACAACUUUGACCGGGCGAUCUGCUCUGCCUUGCAACGGCCGCUGUCCAUCCCGGACCAGAGCAUCGACGCGCAUUUCCCCUCCAUCUUGGACGACAGACACAUUCACCCGUCCGGCAUCGACGCCACGGGCAGCGAGACCAAGACGCACAACCUGCGCUGGAUCCACUUCCGGCGGCUGCAGUCGGCCAUGGUCGAGGUGCACUUCCAAGGCAAGCCUUUGGAGCCGGGUCAGAGCUGGGAGGACUGGCUCGUUCUUAUGGAACGUCGUCUCCAGGCGUGGUACGAGGACUACAACGACGGACAUGAGCUCACGGAGUUCACCCUCGCCCACGGUCUGACGAACCUGCACCGUCCAUCUCCGCGGGUGCCCAUGCCCGAGCCGCGCAGCCUCAUGGUGGCCUUCGAGGCGGCGUGUUCCAGCGCGAAGCACCUCCGCGACCACAUCCUCUCGGGCUUCUACCGGCGGUCGUGGCUCAUCGCGCACCAUGUUCUGGAGAACAGCAUGGUCGUGUUGUAUUGUCUGAGACACGGAUUCGACACCAUCUCCGCUCGCUUCAGCGCCCAGCAGAUCUUCGAGAUGACAAAGGUCUUUACGUCGAACUUCCUGGCCCUCGCCGCCCAGGGGUGGAACGAGGUGUCAAACUACGCCGGGGUCUACGAAAGAUUGCUCGGACCUCUCUUGGAGUCGGUGUUUUCCAACCGGCCCCCGUCACUGUCGUCCUUCGGCCCAGCCCAAGACGCCGAGUUGUUGAGGCUGUUGUACCCCGGCCCGUCGCAGCUGGACAAGUUACGGUUUGGGAGUAGAUCUUCCUUCGACGGUGACGGCCUGCCGUCUUUCGACAUGGGCUCUUUGAAUUGGGAGGAAUUUAGUGUCAGUGACGGUCGAUCGGCUUCGGCCGAGGGCUACGUCGCCGGAUGGGAUUUGUUUGACCCCAACGCCAUCGGUGCACCUAAUGAUCUUGUUUUUGGUAUGGCUUGAGAGCUGACUACGAUUCAAAAAUCAUUUGCCUCUUUGUUCUCUCUUUUGAAGAGAGCCCUCCAAAAGUUUAUGCAUACAUUGGUUUCUUCCUGUGGCGGUGAUUGUGUGGUUCAUCGAUCGCGUACUCUACGACAGAAAGCCCACUCCCGUCCGAUAUUUGGAAAGCAAAGGACGACCGACAUGUGUCGUGAUGCCCUGCUAAAUUCGGCCAAAAGGCGAAUCGGCGUCCUUGACGACACGGAUUGGCCUUGGAAUGAAGUUGAACUUGGGGUGACAUGUGGUGUUGAUUUGCGAGUGUCUUUUUUUUUUCAACGUUGCAAGAAAUGGCCCCCCCAAAAAAGAGUCCCCCUCUUCGGAGCCAUUCAUCAGUAUCGAUACCCAAGGGGGUAAGGGGCGAUUGGAACGGAAGAGACUACUGCCAACGCAGAGAAAGAAGUCACCCACCGACGGGUGUCACGGGGGAUGGUUGAAAAUGGCGUGGGUCUUCCACCAUACAUAGAUGGUCCAGUGGUAUAUGCGUAUGGAGCGACGAUCCUUGUGCGAGCGCCAGGGCGUUAAACAGGAG